AUGAACACCUUCUACGUCGAUGUGACGGCGUCGGACGCCGACGGAGGUUCCUUCGGCUCCAUCAGCUACUCCCUGGGCUCCGGCCUCAACAGCUCACCCCCCUCACAGUUCUCCGUCAACAAGGAGACGGGGGAGAUCUGCACCUCCCUGGCCCUGGACCGGGAGCACGGGCAGAGCAGCUACGACUUCACCGUCAACGCCGUGGACGGGGGGGGCUUGAGCUCGGUGGUGUACGUGAAAGUGGAUCUGGUGGACAUCAACGACAACCGGCCCACCUUCUACCCUUUGAGCUACGCCGUCAGCUUGAGUACCCAGAGUGCACCUGGGACCUCGGUGGUCAGGGUGAUGGCCUACGACCCCGACACCGGAGAGAACGGUCGAGUGACGUACCGAACAGCACCGGGAGGGGCCUCGCCUUACUUCACCCUCAACAAGGACACCGGCGUGAUCUCCCUGUCCCGAUCGCUCCACGGCAAGGCCAACUCCGUCAUCACCAUGGCGAUCUCGGCGCAAGAUGGCGGCGGACUGGUGGCCCCCGUCAACGCGCGGGUUAACAUCAGUGUGGUGGCAGGCGUGGUCGCGCCCCCUGUCUUCCAGCAGAGUCAGUACCACUUCACCGUGUCCGAAGACUCGAUGCGCGGCGUGCUGGUGGGCGUCGUUCAGGCCAGCGUCAAAAUAGCAGGUUCCCCGAAAGACAUCCUGUACACCAUUAGUUCCGGGGACCCCACCGGUUACUUUUCCGUGGACCCCGACACGGGGGCUCUCCGGACCAGCCUGCCGCUGGACCACGAAGCCCAGCCCGUCCUGGACCUGGAGCUCCAGGCCUGCAGCGGCAACCCUCCCGCCUACGGCCAGACCCGCGUCCGGGUCACCGUGGCCGACGUCAAUGACAACGCCCCUCUCUUCCUGCCCUCCUCCUCCGAGUCGGUCCUGCUCCCGGAGCAGACGGAGAUGGGCGCGGUGGUGUACCGCGUCCAGGCCGACGACGCCGACUCCGGCGUCAACGGGCAGCUGACCUUUGACCUCGACCUGUCCGCCCCCGGCGGCGGCGGCGGCGGCGUCCAGAGGAUGUUCAGCGUCGACCGCGGCAGCGGCGAGGUGCGGCUGGCGGGGAGCCUCUCGUACGAGAGCGCGCCCCGCUUCGACCUGCGGGUCACGGCCCGCGACGGCGGCGUGCCCCAGCGGAGCUCCGUGCUCACGCUGGUGGUGCACGUGCAGGCGGAGAACGCCCAGGGCCCCGUGUUCGACACCGUCAGCUACCGCGUGGAGCUGAAGGAGGGCACGCCGCUCAACACGCGCUUCCUGCAGGUGCGCGCCCUCGACCGGGAGACCCCCGCCCACGCCGGCCCGACCCCGGCCGGCGCCCCGGUCUACCACCUCCGGCCGGACGGCGACGCGGCAGGCUUCGGCGUGGCGCCGGACAGCGGCUGGCUGUUUGUGCGGAGCUCCCUGGACCGCGAGGCCAAGGACAUGUACCUCCUGACGGUGCUCGCCAGCGCCGGGCACGGGCAGCUGAAGAAGACGGGCAGUGCCACCGUGCGCGUGGCGGUCACGGACGAGAACGACAACGCGCCGCGGCUGACGCAGGAGCGCGUGUUCCUGGCGGUGAAGGAGAACCUACCGGCGGGCACGGGCUUCGGGCGCGUGGCCGCCACCGACCAGGACAGCGGCCAAAACGCGCGGCUCACCUACCGCUUCCUGCAAGCCGACCGCCACUUCCAGAUCAACCCCCAGACAGGGGAGAUCAGCACCAGGGAGGCCCUGGACCGCGAGCACCAGUCCAGCCACCAGCUGCUGCUGUCGGUGCAGGACGGCGGAUCCCCCCCCAGGAGCUCCACCGGCACGGCCUUCAUCACCGUCCAGGACGACAACGACAACGCCCCCGCCUUCAGCCCCCACACGCCCGGGAAGAUCCUCGCCAUGCAGGUCAUGGAGGGACAGGCCCCGGGGUUCCUGAUCGGAACGGUCCACGCCAAGGACCCCGACGAGGGGGAGAACGGCUCCGUCACCUACGCCCUCUCAGGGCCCAGGGCCGAGCGCUUCACCUUGGACCCCAGCACCGGCGACCUGCGCUCCUCCUCUCCUCUCAGCCAAUCAGAGAGGGGGGAGUACAGCCUGGUGGUGACGGCGACCGAUAGAGGCCUCCCCCCAAGGAGCUCCUCCUGCUCCCUCCAGAUACAGGUGCUCAGUCUGACCCGACCCUCCUCCCCCACCGACUCCGUCUCCCUGACCUUCAACUCGGUGGAGGGGGCCACCCCGGGCUCGGUCCUGGGGUCCGUGCGGCUCCAGGGGGGCGACCCGCCCCGCCAGCUGACCUACACCGUGGUGGGGGGCUCCGACCCGGACGGGACCUUCGCCGUGGACCGCCACACGGGCGACGUCUACCUGGCGCGGCCGCUGGACUACGAGCGCGACGCGCGCUACACGCUGCAGAUCGAGGUGGACGACCCCGACCCCGCGGGGGCCGGCGGCCGGACCCUGGUGCGGCUGGACGUCGACGUCGCCGACGGCAACGACCACUCGCCCGAGUUCCCCGAGGACCCGGUCACCGUGGUGGUCUCGGAGGGCGCGGCCGCCGGCUCCUCCCUCUUCACCUUCCAGGCGUCGGACGGCGACGGCGGCGGGCCCAACAGCGAGCUGAGCUACUCCGUCCUGCGGCAGUGGCCCGACGUCCCGGGGCUGCUCCUCCUCGACCCCGUCACGGGCGUGCUCUCCCUGGGCCGGGCGCUGGACCGCGAGGCCACCGCCUCCCUCAUCCUGGUCGUCCAGGCGACCGACUCGGCGCCGGACGCGGGCCAGCGGCGGCGGGGCUCGGUGACGGCGAGGCUCUUCGUGACGGACGAGAACGACAACGCGCCGGCGUUCAGCUCGCCGGCGGCGGUCAGCGUGAUGGAGGACCAGCCCGUGGGCUUCGUGGCGCUGUACGUGGUGGCGAGGGACACGGACCAGGGGGAGAACGGACGCGUCAGCUACAGCAUCGAGUCGGGCAACGCCGGGGGCGCCUUCUCCCUCAACCCCAACACAGGCUCCUUGUCCAUCUUCAAGCCUCUGGACCGCGAGGAGGAGGAAACCUUCAACCUCACGGUGGUCGCUAAGGAUCACGGGACGCCUCAGCGCACGUCCAGCCAGCUGCUCUGCGUGCACGUGAUCGACGUCAACGACGAGGUCCCCCAGUUCGAGGAGGUCCAGUAUGAGGCUGAGAUCCCUGAGAACCGCCCCCAGGGGUUCAGCGUCCUGGAGGUCUCCGCCGUAGACCUAGACCAAGGGACCAAUGGUCACGUGACCUAUGGCAGGAUUUCGGGAGAGGGCUUCAACAUUGACCCGGUAACUGGUGUCAUAACGACAGCCAAGGCGCUGGACAGAGAGACCCAGGAGUACUACACGCUGACAGUGUACGCCAAAGACGGAGGCCUUCCGCCCAACGUUGCCAAGGCGACAGUCAAGAUCCGAGUGACCGACGAAAACGACAACGCUCCGGUGUUCGGGCGGCUGUACUACAGCAUCGAGGUUCCAGAAAAUGCUGAGCCGUCUGAUCUCUUCACACUAAGGGCAACGGACCAAGACACAGGGGAGAGAGGGGAGAUCAACUACAAACUAACAGUGGGCGACACAUCGUCCGACUUCCGUCUGGACAGGCGCUCGGGGAAGCUGUCCACCUCCAGGCCCCUGGACCGGGAGAGGAAGGCCCGCUACAGCCUGACGGUGGUGGCCCAGGACCAGGGCCGCCCCUCCCUCAGCGGCACCGUCACCGUGGAGGUGAGCGUCCUGGACGUCAACGACCACGCCCCGCGCUUCCAGAGCGCCAGCUACACCGCCGACGUGUCGGAGGACGUCCAGGUGGGCUCCUUCGUACUGGAGGUGAAGGCCGGCGACCUGGACACGGGCGCCAACGGCCAGGUGGUGUACUUCCUGAGCGGCGGCUCCCAGGGCAUGUUCAUCGUCGACCAGAACACCGGACGAGUCAUCACGGCGGCGCCGCUCGACCGCGAGAAGACGGGCGCGUACAACUUCGACGUGCACGCCGCCGACUCCUCGCCGUCCAACCCGCUCAACGCCAGCGCCCACGUCACCGUCUACAUCCAGGACGUCAACGACAACGCCCCCUUCUUCGUCCAGGACCCCCUGGUGAUCAACGUGUCGGCCACGGCCGGGACCAGCCACCGCGUGCUGGCCACCAUGCGGGCGGAGGACAAGGACUUCGGGGCCAACGGCUCGGUGUUCUACCGCUUCGCCAGCCCCGUGCGCGGCUUCAGCAUCAACUCCCUGACGGGGGACAUCCAGGCCACGGAGAGGCUGCAGGCCCUCACCCAGAGCCAGCGGACCCUCAUCGUGGAGGCCAUGGACCAGGGCUCCCCGUCCCAGUCCUCCCUUGGGGUGGUCAUCGUCUACAUCCGCGAGCAGAGCUAUCGGGGUAUCCGCUUCCCGCGCAACGCGCGGGACGUCAGCGUGCAGGAGAACGCCGUCAAAGGUACAGCUAUAAUACAAACACAGGCGCAGUACCCAGACGGCUCGCGUAUGGGGAUAACCUACAGCCUCUUCAGCGGUAACAAGAUGCAGUUUUUUGGCAUCAACCCCACCUCUGGCGAAAUCUGGGUCCAGAACUCAGAGGUGCUGGACUUUGAGGAGACCCCGAGACUCCGCCUCGUGGUGAAGGCCGAGACGGCGUCGUCCAGCUCCUACAUGGCGGUCAACCUGAUCAUACAGGACGUGAACGACAACCUGCCGCGCUUCCAGCUCCAGAACUACGUUGCUUACAUCCGCGAGGCGCAGGGCUACGACUUCCCCAUCAUCCAGGUGUUUGCGAACGACCUGGACCAGGGUCAGAACGGCCAGGUGAGCUAUUCCCUCCGCUCGUCCUCCAUGAGCAGCCUGUUUAAGAUCGACCCGGCGACGGGAAGCGUCUCCACGGCGGCCAUCAUGGAUCGAGAGAUCUGGACGCACACAAAGCUGGUCGUCAUGGCAACAGACAGGGGAUCCCCGCGGCUGGCCGGCUCCGCCACCCUCACGGUCAUCAUCGUCGACCUCAACGACAACAGUCCCACCAUACCGCUGCCCAGGGAGGUGCGAGUGGCCGAGGACACACUGGUUGGCACGGUGAUCACCCAGGUUACGGGGAACGACGUGGACUCAGGGCCGGCCCUGUCCUACACGCUGCUGCUGGCGGCCGACUGCCAGGGCGCCUUCGGGAUCCGCCGCUACAGUGGGGGCGUGUCACUCACCGCCCCCCUGGACUACGAGGAGAGGAGCUGGUUCACCCUGACGGUCCGCACCUCAGACUCCAGGCACCAGAGUGAGGCCAACCUCACCGUGCUGGUGGAAGACGUCAACGACAACGCACCCUUGUUCACCCAGGACCUGUACCAGGUGACCGUGUCCGAACACCACCCUGCCGGCAGCAGCGUCGUCACGGUGACGGCCACCGAUCGCGACUCUGCAGACAACGGCAAGGUCAUCUAUAGAGUGAUGUCAUCAACCAGGGACAUUUUCUACAUCGACUCAAAUAAUGGCACCCUUUUCAUCAGUCAGAAGGCCGAGUUUGACGUGGAGAACCCUUCCAUCCUGGUGGUGAUCGAGGCUCGCGAUCUUGGAACGCCGUCACUCUCCUCGUUUGCCACCGUCCAGGUGCAGGUGUCGGACACAAACGACAACGCCCCCGUCUUCCACCAGUCUGAGUACCGAGCCAGCAUACCGGAGGACGGGCCCCCGGGGUCAACCAUCCUGACCCUUGAAGCCGUGGACGCCGACCUGUCACGGGACAACUGCGCCUUCGACUUUGCCAUCGCCAGCGGCAACACGGGCAACGCCUUCCAGAUCGAGAGCAGCGUGCGCUUCCUGGAGGGGCGGGGCUUCCAGACGGUCGGUAACCUGAUCCUGGCCGAGGGGCUGGACUUUGAGGCGGUGGCGAGCUACAACCUGAGCGUGGUGGUGUCGGACCGCGGCGUCCCCCAGCGUAGCUCCAGCGUGCCCGUUCUCAUCGGGGUCCUGGACGCCAACGACAACCCGCCCACCCUCAGCCGGUCCGAGUACAGCGUGGUGCUGAGCGAGGGGACUGCCGCAGGGGCGGAGAUCCUCCACCUCUCGGCCACCGACCCGGACUCUGCACCCAACGGAGAGGUCCAGUACUCCAUCAGCUCCGGGGAUGAGACGGGCUUGUUCCAGGUUGACCGCUGGACCGGGGCGCUGAGGCUGCAGAAAACCCUGGACAGGGAGAGGCGAUCUGUUCACGUGGUAGUCGUUCAAGCCAGUGACAGUCAGGGGCACUAUGCCCUGGCGCCCGUCACUGUGGAGGUGAAGGACGUCAACGACAACCUCCCUUAUUUCCCCCUCAAGCUUUUGAGCGCCAGCGUCCGGGAGAACCAGCCCCAGAACGCCUUGGUCACCGUGCUGCACGCCAUCGACCAGGACAGGGGUGUGUUCGGGCAGCUGAGAUACUACAUGCUGGACGACCCUAAAGAACAAGCUUUCCUCAUUAACCAGACCUCAGGCGAGGUGCGAACUCGCACCACCUUCGACUACGAAAAAGUGAACUCUUUCCAGUUUUUGGCAGUGGCCAUGGACACGGGCAACUACUCUGCCACGGUGACGGUACAGGUGUACGUGACCGGAGAGGACGAAUACGACCCGGCCUUCACCUCCUCCGAGUUCUCCUUCCUGGUGCCUGAGGGAGCGAGGAAGGGCCAGAGCAUUGGCCAGGUGCAGGCCCUGGACGAGGACGAAGGCGUGGACGGCGUGGUGCUCUACUCCCUCGCCGACAGCUCCCAGCCGUACUUUGAGGUCAACAAGACGACUGGCGUCAUCGCCCUGAAGAUGGACAGCUACGGCCGUCACUCGGGACGCUCCAAGAGGGAGGUGCGCACGAUGACCCUGGACGUGGUCGCCCACAGCCCUUUGGAGAGGUCUCGCGUCGCCACCACGCACGUCGUCAUCGACGUCACCCACACGGCCUUCGGCCUCCCCUCCAACAUGAACGUGCUGCUGAUCAGCGUUAUCGCAGUCUCCCUGGGCACCAUCGUCAUCCUGAUCGUCGUCGCCGUGGCGCUGUUCUUCAUCAAGCUGAGGCGACGGAAGAAGGAGCAUCGCCCGUACUGCCUCCCCCCGCCAACCGCCACGGUGCUCCACAAGCUGGAGGAGAGCAAGCUGGCCGGCAAUGAGAUGAUCUACCACCAGGCGCUGCCCGGCUACGGCCCUGUUCAGGACGGGACCGGCGGGGGUCCCUACGCCCGCGGCGGCUCCCUGGACCCCUCCCACUCCAGCGGUCGGGGUUCGGCGGAGGCGGAGGCGGCGGACGACGACGAGAUCCGCAUGAUCAACGAGUACCCUCGCGUCUCCAGCAUCUCCUCCUCCAUGCAGGAGCGCAUCUCGGCCCGGGGUCCCGACUCGGGGAUCCAGCAGGACGCCGACCAGCUCUCGGACAUCUCCGGUGAGCCCUCCAUGGACGCCAGCCAGUGGUACAAGGCCAAGAAACUGGGCAGCCUGACCAGCACCCUGCUGGCCGGACAGGGGCCCGUUUACAGGGACGAGGGUGGCGGGUACCUGGGCGUGGGCCGGGGGCUGAACAUCUCUCACCCCAAAGACUACGCUUUCCCGGACGACGGGAAGCCGCCGGUGGACGGCUCCCUGACGGCCAUCGUAGCCAGUGAUGAGGAGCUCAGGGGCAGCUACAACUGGGACUACCUCUUGAACUGGUGUCCCCAGUUCCAGCCCCUGGCCAACGUGUUCACAGAGAUCGCUCGCCUCAAGGACGAGACGGCUCCGCCGAACCCCCGCCGGCCGUUCCCCCACAAGGCAAAGGCCGAGCCCAGGAUCGAUCCCCCGCCACUGAUCACCUCCGUGGCCCAUCCGGGGGCCAAGACUGUUCCCCCCAAGCCCGCCGUAGGGAGGUCCUUCCCCCACCUGGCCUCCCUGCGGAGGUCCCCCCUCAGCAGCGACGGCUCCAUCUCCUCGGCCGCCAUGUCCCCCAGCUUCUCCCCGUCCCUGUCGCCGCUGGCAGCCCGCUCGCCCGCCGUCACGCCCUUCAACGUCUCGCAGGGACCCUCGGCGUCCAUGAUCAGCGCCACGGAGCACCACCUCGAGCACAGCGAGGAGGCAGAGAUCAGGAUCUGAACCCACAGCCCGGGCCCCCUGCUGAAGGCCGGUCAGAGGGGAGUCCCUUGCUGUUCCAGGGACACUAGAUAACAACCUACGGACUCUGUCUCUGAAAGGACAAUUCGCUAAUAUGCUUUUUUCCUCGGACCAACGGACCAGGACGGACUAGGUCCUAACGGUCUAGAGGAAAGUAAGGAAGGAAACAAACCCGUGAACCAUAUGAAGGAACUGGGCAGAAAAUGGACACAAAAGCCUAGUUUGGACCUGGUUUGUCAGAUUGAUCAGUGUUCAUUUGCACAUUCAAGUCGUGGUGAUGGGGGGAGGGGGCGGAAUUCAUACAUGAUGUCACUAUUUUGUAAAAAGCAUUGUUUAUAUUUUUUAUACUUAAUGUAUGGUUUUUUUGACAAGAAACGACAUUGCUGUGUCAAAGGGUUGCUAUAACCUCGGAAUAUAGUUAUAUAUUUGUAUAUUUGUAGCUUGUACUGUACUGUAUACUUGUUUGUACUGUAAGCUGGUUCUAUCUUAUGUGAUUAAUAACUUGUGUGUUUUUCUUUGAUUGAUUAUUGAUGCACUUCAUUCAUGUUUGUUGAUUUGGGGAUUUUGCUACAGACUUGUAAAUAUCUAGAACAGAUAAAGGAUCAUCCUUGCUGCAACAAAUGAACCACCGGUGGGAAUACCAAUAUUUUCUUGCGUAACAAUAAUUCACCAAACAGCGUGAACCGUGACCAUGAAAUGUUUGGGGGUUCUCCCUCUCCUCCAUGCCUCUGGUGUGGUUCCCUGGAGAACCUAAUGGAACUAGACGCUGAAUGAUAACCCCUUCUUGCAGGGUAACCUGUCUUUAAUCUCUUCACAAUAAGCCUUUUAACCUUCUCGUGCCACUCCAUAUCCCUACUCAAUGUAAUUCCCACCAGGAGCUGAAAGCUAACUUAGAUUCAUGUGUUGAACCUACUUAUGUAAAAAAAAAACAUGUUUACUGCAGCCAUCGUGUUCAAACUUUUCUUUUUAACUUUUCCAUUGCAGCUAUUACUUUUGUUCAUAACUGUUUUAACGACUUUGCGUCUACAUAAUGAAAUUCCCAUGCCCAGAGCUCAACCAACACAGAAAUGAAUCUCUUUCUAAAUCAAUUUGGUCUCCGGAGACAAUCUCAUAUUGGGAAAAAGUGACUGCUGCUUUGAGAAAGUGACUUCGUUCCAGUUUAAAUUGAUGUCAGAAUCAAUGGAUUUUAAAAUUCCCGAGGGAUCUGCUAAUUGCUCAGGUUAUUCAAUAACUAGCCAGCAGUAAGUGUCUCUUCUCUCAGUUGAAUGUACAACUCAUCCUCACAUUUCAAGAGUUUCGACAGUUGUUUUCUGUGAAUGUUUUUUCAACAGUAUAGUAUGGGUGUAAGGGCUAUGAACCCAUGUCCCUCUUGGUUCACAAUAACAGUAGGCUCUGUUUCAGUGCAAGCACAAUAUAUAAUACUUCAGAGACUGAUGUCGCAAGCCCUCAAGGAAAACAUUAUACAAAUAUCGGCUGAUGUUUGAACACAAUCCGGGAGGGAUUUUUGAUUUAAUCUUCAUACGAAUUAUGGUUUAAGUUAUAAGUAGACAAUACAGAGCCGUGACACAGAGAGCCAACUAGAAACAGACUUCACAGCCUUUGCAUUCUCAUCAUCCUGUUUGGCUAUUACAACUUCCCAGAGUCCUGCCUUAGCCUAGAUGUAGAAAAACUUCAAUUUAUUUUCAUUGUUUGUUCCUCUGCAGUUCUAAAGCUUUGAACAUGUUUUAAUUGUUAGAAUACAAUAUAUAACUGCUAACUGCUACUCAAGGUACUUACUAAUUAUUAUAUCGAACCAAGUUACCUUGUGUCUCUGAAACCGAGACACAAGGUUUAUGAUUCACUCUGUUGACAUAACAUUGACCAAAAAAGGAUGAAAACCACCUAUUUCCUGGGAUAAAAGUACAUCUAUGUUCGUAAUUUUUUCUCCUGAACUGUUCCGCCCAUAUUGCACGUGAAAGAGAACAUUUUCUGCUCCUCCACUACAGUGUCACAGUGAAGGUGGCGUCACUGAAAUCAUGUCUGCUUCAUUCUUAAGAUGUAUCUGGUGAGAAGUGCCUGAAUAAAAUGCAUUAAAACAUAACAAGGGUUUUCA